AUGAACACUCGAUACGUCAAGCAACUCCUCCGCAAUAUCUAUUGUACCAAAUAUUUUCUCAACAAAGAAGAACCAUAUCGGAACUACAUGCACAGUGUUUUUAACCGACUUCAAUUGCAAAGGUCAAGAGCAGACAAGGUAGAAAAAGAAAAGCUAAAAGAAGAGCAAGAAGGUUGUCACUUUUCAUCGAAGUCUAAAGUUAAGAAGGCAGAUGACAAUAACAGGAUUAGCAAAUACAGUUCUGAUGAGGAAGAUUCAUCGGAUAGUAAGUGGAAGUUAGAGCUGGCUUGGCUCACUAAGGCAGUUGAACCGGCUCUGCAAUUUUGUAGGUGGGCUCUGCCAACAGGAGAUAGAAUUGGAAACAAACCUCCGCCAAAUAACCGGUCCCUUAUGGAAAUAAUUUCCUUCAUCAAACGAAGCAAGAUCGGAAUCCAGGAUUGGAGUUUGAGUGACCUUACAAUUGGCUUGUAUCUGAUCUAUCUUCGUCAAGCUUCAACACAUCCAUUUGAAGAUAUCAAAGGCAUCCAAAUAUCGUCAGAAUCAAUAGUUCAAGAUCUCAUUUAUCAUAUUGAGUUGGCUAAAGGUGCUUAUAAGGAUAAUCCUACGGUUCUUGCAAGGAACAGCAUGCUCCGAGAAAGUAAUAUCAUAAAAUUUGUUAAUAACUCCAGUGUAAUGAGGCCUGCAUAUUAUAUAGGGGUUGACACCCGUAAAAAGCUUGUAAUUUUGGGCAUUCGUGGCACACAUGCUUUAUAUGACCUUAUCACUGAUAUUGUUUCCUCAAGUGAUGGUGAAGUAACCUUUGAAGGCUAUUCAACCCACUUUGGCACCGCCGAAUGUGCUCGUUGGUUUCUUCACCAUGAGAUUGGAAACAUAAGAAAAUAUUUGGCAAAACAUGAGGGAUAUAGAUUAAGACUUGUGGGACAUUCUCUGGGAGGUGCAAUAGCUUCUUUACUGGCAAUAAUGAUCCGUAGAAAAUCAGCAAAGGAACUGGGAUUUAGCCCCGACAUUGUAUCUACUGUUGCAUAUGGAACCCCACCUUGUGUUUCCAAAGAACUUACCGAAAGCUGCGCUGGAUAUGUAACAACAGUUGUGAUGCAGGAUGAUAUUAUACCUAGAUUAAGUGUAGCUUCACUAACAAGGCUAAGAAAUGAAAUUCUUCAAACUGAUUGGACGAGUGUCAUUGAGAAAGAAGACUGGAAAAGAUUCCUGGAUUUAGUUACAAAUGCCAAGCAGGCAGUGUCUUCUGUGCAAGAUGUAGCUCAUAAACUUGCUGAUUAUGCCAAUUUCAGGGGAAACAAAACCCCAUCUGUUGAUCCAAUUGGUAAGGAGUUACCAGUUACUGGAGAAGCACCUUUGCCCCCUAAAGCAGCAAAGGAGAAUUCAGUUGUCGUGAAAGUCGAGGAAACUAAACCUGCAGUAUCUGAAGAGUUAUUUAUACCCGGGACUGUUUACUAUCUGAAGAGGAACUCGGUAUCUCAAAAUGACGUUGAAAAGGAAAUUUACACCCUUUUGAAGAGGCAAUCUGGUGAGCAUUUCCAGAGGAUAAUCCUUUCAGGCAAUUUCCUCACAGACCACAGAUGUGAUAGUCACUAUUUUGCUUUGAGAGAUGUUCUCAAAGGUUUGCCGUGGGAUGGCGAAGAAGGUAUUUUUCGAUAA